CUCCCUCCCGGACGUAGUACAUCGCUGUCAUUUGCCGUCAUUGGACGUGAGCUUAGCCACGGCAUCGUCGGUUGAUUUCGUUAUCUUGAUUGCGAAUCUCGUCGCAGCCUCCGCAACCUUUAUAAAAUUAUAGAUUCCAAAACGGAUUCACGAAACUCCCAAACAAAACAGAAAACACAGUCAUAAAAAAAAACAAAAAAUAAAUAAAUAAAUAAAAAUAAAUAAAUAUAUAAAAAAGAAGAAAUGUAAAUAAAAUGUUCAAAAGUAUAAAAUAAGUGAAAAUUCUACAUAAUUUUGCAUUGCAUUUAAUUUGUGAUCAAAUAUCCAUUUUUAUCAUUUUGCUAUCUGCAAUUAAACAAAUUGUACGUUUGCGUGCGAUCCCAAAGUAAAUGUGAUCAACAGCGGCGCGUGAGUUUUGAAUAUAUGCUAUAAAUAUAUAUACAUAUAUAUGUAAAUAUAUAGUAAUAAUAGUUGAUAUGUGUGCGAGUUAAGUAAUAAAAAUGAUAAAGGCGAUAAACAUUUAAGGCAGACACCAUGUGAGCAACUCGUCAACACACAUAUUUGCGCAAUUUCUGUCUAUCUCCGGCGCUGCUGAGCUGUUUAAUUGCGCAUCCCGUCCCAUCACUGAGAGCGAAGAGGAAGUGUGUGUCAGGUUCAACAUCAGUCGUGUGCCCUGUCCACACCUGCAAGUACACACAGCUGACCUCUUGCUGACAUGCUUACAGUGGGACAGACACAGCCGACAGACAGUAGAAAUAACAUAACGUCACACGCACAUGCCCAACUCCGGGCGGGAGUGAGCAGCAAAUGUGCAGCAGUGCACUGAAAGGCUAAUCAUCGACAAUAACCAAUUGCCUCGGCAGUUAGUUACCUUUCUACCUUUCCGCCUCGACAAACAAACUUCGCAUGGCCGAGGAGGAAUUGCAAGCGUUCGUGGAGAGCCUGGAUGGCGCCUCGGCGGAGAACAUUGCCAAUGCCAUUGCCAACUUCUCGUUAGACAUGCUGCAGCGGGCCAGCGCCCUAAUUGGCACCCAGCAGCCGCACAGCGGUGCUCUACUUAUCAAUCGAACCCUGGAGGAGCAGUGCAGGCACCAAGCAGAGCUGGAGAAGCAUCUAUAUAGCAAUAGCAGCAGUAAUGUAUCAUCAAAUGUCAAUUCGGAUUUGCAUUGUCCCACCUCCUUCGAUUCGGUGCUUUGCUGGCCCCGCACCAAGGCGAGCAGCUGGGCUGUUCUGUCCUGCUUCGAGGAGUUCAAAGGAGUACACUACGACACAACAGAGAAUGCAACACGCUAUUGCCACGCGAAUGGCACGUGGAAUCACUACUCCAAUUACAGCAGGUGCCAUCAGCAAUCGGGCUCCGUGGCUGAUGUUCCCGAGUUCUCAGCCAGCGUCGAUCUGCCUGCCAUUAUCUAUGCUGGUGGUUAUUUUAUAAGUUUUGCAACUUUGGUGGUGGCGCUAAUAAUAUUCCUAGGCUUUAAGGACUUGCGCUGUCUGAGAAACACAAUCCAUGCGAAUCUAUUUUUAACUUACAUCACCUCGGCCCUACUCUGGAUCUUAACACUCUUCCUGCAAGUGAUAACCACUGAAUCUAGUCAGGCUGGCUGCAUUACGCUGGUCAUAAUGUUCCAAUACUUUUACCUGACGAAUUUCUUCUGGAUGUUUGUGGAAGGUCUCUAUUUGUAUAUUCUGGUCGUGCAGACGUUCUCCAGCGAGAAUAUAAGCUUUGUUAUCUAUGCACUGAUUGGCUGGGGCUGUCCGGCUCUCUGUAUUUUGGUGUGGUCUAUUGCCAAGGCAUUUGCAUCGCAUUUGGAGAACGAUCAUUUCAAUGGUCUGGAAAUUGAAUGCACCUGGAUGAGAGAAUCUCACAUUGAUUGGAUAUUUAAGGGGCCCGCCUCACUGGCGAUUCUCGUUAAUUUGGUUUUUCUCAUACGUAUUAUGUGGGUACUCAUCACCAAAUUACGAUCGACUCAAACAUUCGAAACACGACAGUAUUAUAAGGCCUCCAAGGCUCUGCUGGUGCUAAUACCCCUAUUUGGCAUCACUUAUCUACUGGUGUUAACUGGCCCCGAGCAGGGCAUUAGUCGCAAUCUCUUCGAGGCACUACGCGCCUUCCUACUCAGCACACAGGGUUUCUUCGUGGCGCUAUUCUAUUGCUUUCUAAACUCGGAAGUGCGGCAGACGUUACGACAUCGUUUCGUCAUAUGGCGGGAGAGUCGAAACAUUCAUCGCAGUAACUCCCGCAAGAACCGCAGACAUCGCACAUCCAAAGACUACUCGCAGCGCUCGCGUACUGAAAGUCUACGCACCGAGGAGUGUGUGAUCUGCCUGAGACCUUCACUUCACACUCGCAUUGGAUCAUUGAAUCGCUUUCAAAGCAUAGACUUAACCGAUUUUGUCUAAAAUAAAAGCUAAAAACAAAUUACAAAUUUAUAUCUGAAAAAAAAAAAAAAUUAAAUGAAUUUCCUAAUUUCAUUUGCCAGCCAAGAUUCUCAAUGUGAAUAAGGAUUUUGAUUUUACGUUUUAUAUUUUGUUGAAAAAGUGACUUGAAGUUACAGCAAAAUGUUUAGAACUAACGUAUAAUUUUUUAGUUUGCAAAUUCUUUGUUAAGUACAAAUUAAGCUUAAACAUAAUUUAUUUGGAUCAACUAAGAUUAGAUCAGAUGAGUCUACACAGUGCAGCAAUCAUUAACAAAUAUUUAGAGUCGGGUCAAGUCAAGAUGUCGCCAAAAAGAUGCCAAAUUAUGGGAAUCGAGUCGUCGUCAAUGGAUUGUUGCACUGUGUUGCAGCUUUCCUAUAAUUGUCAUAACUGUUAUUAAAAAUUAGCUAUUAGUUUCCUA